AUGGAACUUCUUGCUAUUUGUCGUCGCUUGUACUUAAUUAAUCCAUCAACUGGAGCUUAUAAAGAAUAUAACUCUGACGAUUGGUCUUCAACAUCCGCUGCAGCAUUAGUUCCUUCAACUAAAAAGGUUUAUGUGACAACAUCAUUUAAUAAUCUUUGGGAACUUUCUUUAACUGAUAACCAAACUCGAAAAAUUAGUUGGGAUGGUUGGGGAACGUGUAAUGCUUUAGUUGCUGUGCCAAGUGAUGAAGGUGGUCAUAAAUUAUUUGCAUUCUGUCAUAAACUUUGGUUGGUAGAUGAUCCAAAUACUGGUCAUUGUACUGAUUUUCUUGGGGGUUAUGCAGAUAUUUGGACUAGAGUUAAUGCCGCGACUGUUAUGGGAAAAAAUAUUCUAGCUACAACUUCAGCUAAUAAUUUAUGGUGUAUUGAUACUACUUCAAAAGAAGAACCAAAAAAACUUGGUAGUGGGUCAGAUAAUUGGUCCACGUGUAGAGCAUUAGUUUGUAUUAAUGAUGAAAGAAUAUUAGCAUUUUGUUAUGGAUUAUGGGAAGUUAAUCCUAGUAAUGGAAAAUGUAGUCCAUUUUUUGAUGGAGAAUUGGCGAAUAGUCCAGAUGCCAAAAGAUCUUGGCUGAGUGUUAAAUCAGCUACAGUAAUUGAAAAUUGUGUAUAUGUGACAGUUGGAAGUCAAUUAGUUGAAUUAGAUACAAUUACUAAAAAAGUCAGGGAAUUAAGUAAAGAUAAUUGGGGAAACACUAAGGCAUUGGUUUCAGUUAAAAUUUCAGCAUGA